UUCAGAUACGCUCCGCGUUUAUGACGUCUGAGCGGAGUCCCUCUGUGACGAACGUGCCUACUUAAGGAACUUCCCUCCCUCCAUCCACCGAAUAAGCAAACCAGCGUCCUUGGUGCUUCUCGUCUCGUCCCCAAAUAGUCCACUGGAGGAUCCUCACCCGCGUGAAGCCUUUCUCCGUUCGCGGUGUCGCCAUGUCGCCUCUUGUUCUGAUGGUCGCCACCUUCGCCACCUUUUUGCCGGCGGCAGCGGUGUCGAGUUGCGAGCCUUGCAAAUGUACGGAGUGUCCGAUGUGCCCCACUUGUGCGCCUCCUCUUGGUCCGUGCCCUCCCACCCCUCCUCCAUGCGAGACCAUUCCUCCCACGCGUCCUCCAGCACCUACCUGCCCUGCUGCUCCUCUAUGUGCACUGCCUCCAGCACCAGGUGACGUCGCAGAUUCUACUCUGAUGGACAAAGUUGAAGACAUCACAGACCCGUGCAUGCUAGUUAUCUCCCCUAAUAAGGAAGGAUUCCUAGUUAAGCUUCUCGGCCUUUUCGGUGUGGGCCGCAGCAUCGCCAUAAGAGGAAAUGUCCAACCGGAGGCAGAUAUCGUCACCUUCCAACUGCGCACGGCCAAAGGCACCGCGAUGAACCUGGGCUUUCGUGUCAACGGGCAAGAUACGGCGCGCAACUCCAAACUGGGCGGCUUUUGGGACGUCGAAGAGGAGACAGAGGCAGACCCUCUCCCCAUUGGACGCCACUUUGAGGUGAUCAUAAGGAGCGACGUCGACCGCUUCCGCGUGACCGUCGGCGGUGUCCACCAGGAGGAUUUCGCUUAUCAAGGCUUCCACCCGCGAAACUUCAUGGCGCUGACAAGUCAGCGUGAUGUGUCGCUGAUGGACGUCAAGCUGAUAUGAUGUCUUCGAUAACGGAACGAUCGGAAGCACAACCUCCCGUCUGGGCGUUCGCUUCUUGUCUCGACGUCAAUUUUUUUUUUUUUCAACCCCUAUUGUAAGCACGCAUGGGGAAUAUUUCUCAAGCCUUCAUUUUUUUGAAAUAUCACCUGUGACACAGCACAAAUAAGAGAUUUUGAUUUGUUGAUUUGAAGAUUCCCGACCCCUGACAUAGGGUAAUGUAGCUGUAAUCAGCUACGCAUUUUACAUACAUGUACCGUAGCUGAGAGCCACGACAUUAGCCUGGCUAAUUAAAUAUUUCAAAAACAGUGGGGCAAAUGAGUAUUUAGUCAACCACUAAUUGUGCAAGUUCUCCCACUUGAAAAUAUUAGAGAGGCCUGUAAUUGUCAACAUGGGUAAACCUCAACCAUGAGAGACAGAAUGUGGGAAAAAACAAACAGAAAAUCACAUUGUUUGAUUUUGAGAAUUUAUUUGCAAAUCAUGGUGGAAAAUUAGUAUUUGGUCAAUACCAAGUUAUCUCAAUACCCUAUACGUACCCUUUGUUGGCAAUAACGGAGGCCAAACGUUUUCUGUAACUCUUCACAAGCUUUUCACACACUGUUGCUGGUAUUUUGGCCCAUUCCUCCAUGCAGAUGACCUCCAGAGCAGUGAUGUUUUGGGGAUGUCGUUGGGCAACACGGACUUUCAACUCCCUCCACAGAUUUUCUAUGGGGUUGAGAUCUGGAGACUGGCUAGGCCACUCCAGGACCUUGAAAUGCUUCUUAUGAAGCCACUCAUUUGUUGCUGUUUUACGAAAAAGUCAAAGGUUCGCAGUGAUUCAGCAACAGGCACACUUUCGCGAUAUAGACAAUGUUUAUUGAUUAGAAAUUGCAAAUAAAUGAAGUUUAUUGAUUACAAUUGAUUACAAUCCCACAAAGGCGAGCAAAAAAUAAGCAUGACACAGAAUAACCACAGCGCUAGGUCUAGAUUGUCACUGAUAACGUCUAAAACCCCUAUGAUGCAGUUUAAACACAAGCAUAAGAAACAAUGGCGCUAGAUAUAUGUAGUUGUCAAAGCUAAAAUACCCCCACGCCACAGUAAGCACAACGAGUUCCCUGAUUAUGAAUCAAGCUUCCUACGACCGACCCUGGCGUAGCCCGGAAAAUGUCGGUCUCUUUAUUGGCACAUGUCACGUGGGAACAGAGGUGGCCUGCCCCUGCUCUCAGGAGACGCACUGCCUGCCCAAAAAAGGUAAUCUUAGCAUGUUUUGCUCAACCUCUUAAGGAGAUGAGUCUCGUGUCCAAAUAUGAUUGGUUCACUCGUACUUUUUAGCAGCAGAUGGUUCGCAUCAAAUGUCUUGGUUACCAUAGCAAUGAGCUAAACCGCGCCAAAGUGGCGGGCAUAACCUGAUAAGUUGUAUUAUCAGUCCAAAAGAAUGUGUGCACAUAAAAACAGCAAUACACAGUUACUCUUCUCAAAGGCAGUUAUUGCUAUAAAGGCAGUUAUUGCUAUAUGUGUGUAGUUAUAUAUGUGGAACACAAUUCGGGUCACAAGAAAGGUGUUAGGUCUAAACUUACUUGUAUCUAGCAAAAUAAUAAAGACCUAGAGGAGGACGAAGACAAGGAUCAAAUAGGAGACAGUGAUAAGGCUUUACGCUGGCGGCCGUCAGGAGAAAAGGUUGAUGCAGAGCGAGUAGCUUGCAACAAGCUUAUCUAAACCACCCCCUGAGGAGCGCCAGCCUUUUAUUAAGGAGUUGGAGAGCAUUCAUUGCACAUGCGUAAGUUUUGUUUGAUCAAGAUUGUAUCAUUUACUGAGAACAGAAACCAGAAUGAAACAUUAUGGUGACAUUUACUGAAAACAGAACUUUACGCUUUCCAUUGUGUAAACACUAAAAAGCAUAAGUGAAUAGAGACAACAAUCAUAACACCUAGUUUUAAACACACAUAAUUGCAUUUACUAUUGAAAAUAUUGUGAAUAUUGUUAAUACUGUUAUUGUGAAUAUUGUUAAUACUGUUAGCACAUCUCACAAAAGGUCAUAAAAAGGUUACAGGUGUUUUUACCCAAGAAAGGUCAUAAAAAGGUUACAGGUGUUCCCCAUUCAGUUGCCCUGGCUGUGUGUUUGGGAUCAUUGUCAUGCUGAAAGACCCAGCCACGUCUCCUCUUCAAUGCCCUUGCUGAUGGAAGGAGAUUUUCACUCAAAAUCUCUCGAUACAUGACCCCAUUCAUUCUUUCCUUUACACAGAUCAGUCGUCCUGGUCCCUUUGCAGAAAAACUGCCCCAAAGCAUGAUGUUUCCACCCCCAUGCUUCACAGUGGGUUCUUCGGAUGCAAUUCAGUAUUCUUUAUCCUCCAAACAUGAGAACCUGUUUCUACCAAAAAGUUCUAUUUUGAUUUCAUCUGCCCAUAACACAUUCUCCCAGUCCUCUUCUGGAUCAUCCAAAUGCUCUCUAGCGAACCGCAGACGGUCCCGGACGUGUACUUUCUUCAGCAGGGGGACACGUCUGGCAGUGCAGGAUUUGAGUUCCUGGCGGUGAUAGUAUCCUUUGUUACAGUGGUUCCUAGCUCUCUGUCAUUCACUCGGUCCUCCUGUGUGAUUCUGGGAUUUUUGCUCACCGUUCUUGUUAUCAUUUUGACGCCAGGGGGUAAGAUUUUGCAUGGAGCCCCAGAUCGAGGGAGAUUAUCAGUGGUCUUGCAUGUCUUUCAUUUUCUAAUAAUUGCUCCAACAGUUGAUUUCUUUACACCAAGCGUUUUACCUAUUGCAGAUUCAGUCUUCUCAGCCUGGCACAGAUCUACAAUUUUGUCUCUGGUGUCCUUCGACAGCUCUUUGGUCCCAUAGUGGAGUUUGGAGUGUGACUGACUGAGUUUGUGGACAGGUGUGUUAUAUACCGAUAAUGAGUUAAAACAGGUGCCAUUAACACAGGUAACGAAUGGAGCGUCGUUAGACGUCGUUAGAAGAAGUUAGACCUCUUUGACAGCCAGAAAUCUUGCUUGUUUGAGGGUGACCAAAUACUUAUUUUCCACUAAGGUAACACCAGUUACUUUGCCAAGUAACUAAUUAGUCUUACUAACUCAAUUACUUUUUGGGAGAAGUAAUUUGUAACUAAUUACUAUUUAAAAGUAAGAUUAACAACACUGGUCAUGACGAUGAAAUCUGCAGAAUGAAAAGUGACGAAAGCGGAUAUUUUAUUCUGCCAAUUUGUUGCAGAACACAAUUUGCCCGCAAAUAUUGCUAAUCACUUCUCAGAAUUAGCAAAAGAAAUGUUCCCUGACUCAAAGAUUGCAUCGGUAAGUUCAUUUUAUCAAUUGACCUUUUUAAUUUGAACACACUAGCAAACUACCUUCAAGUCAAACUGGAUUGCGAGCUGAAGUGCAGCCAUCAAAAGACAUGAUAGAAAUUGCCAAAAGUGCUACAUACAAUUACAACAAAAGUCACUGUUAAAUUUUAGUAAUCAUGAUGUAGCUGAAGAUAUUGAUUAUUCUUUGAUUGCACCAGGUUAUAUGUUACAAUAUUACCAAUAAAUUUAUAUGAUUUUAAAAAUUGAGUUUUAUU